CCUCUUCUUUUCCCUUCAUCCUCCACAUCCAUAUCCCGGCACACUUCAUCUGCAUUCUUCUUUCCAGAAAUUCAAUCUAACGCAAUACCAUGGAAGCCGGCGGGAAGGCCAAGAAGGGUGCUGGUGGCCGCAAAGGCGGCGGCCCGAAGAAGAAGCCCGUCUCCCGAUCCGUCAAAGCUGGCCUCCAGUUCCCCGUCGGCCGCAUCGGCCGAUUCCUUAAAAAGGGCCGUUACUCUCAGCGGGUCGGCACCGGUGCUCCCGUUUACCUCGCCGCAGUGCUCGAGUAUCUCGCCGCCGAGGUUUUGGAGUUGGCUGGAAACGCAGCAAGGGAUAAUAAGAAGAAUCGUAUUAUCCCGAGGCAUGUUCUUCUUGCCGUGAGGAACGAUGAAGAGCUUGGAAAACUUCUUGCUGGCGUGACGAUCGCUCAUGGAGGUGUGCUGCCCAACAUCAAUCCCGUGUUGCUACCAAAGAAAUCAGCAGCGGCGAAAGAGCCGAAGGAGCCGAAGUCGCCUUCUAAGAAGAUUAAGCAUGGGAAGAAGGAUUAGAAUGGAAAUUUGCUGUUUUUUUUGGUCUGUAUUUAAAUUCUGUGGCGUUAGGGUUGUUUCUAGGAAGAAGGUGGGAUUGUAAGGUGUUUUUUUCCUUAAAAAAUAUAUUUUUAGUAAUGGAAAAGAAUGUUCGUUGCGUUUCAUGGACUAGUUUGUAUGAUUCGCAUUUAAGAUGCAUGGUUUUUAUGUUUUUGACGCA